UUCUUCUUAUUACAUGGCGCAAGGGCUACUACUACGCGAGCGGGACCGUCCUGGGUGUGAUACUGCCACGGCGGAUUUGGAUACUCGGGCGGCUUCAGCAGCAUCAGCAGCAUCAGCAGCAGCAGCCUCAGCAUCAGCACCACCAUCCUCCUCCUCCAGCCACGGAAGAAGCAGAAGGAGAAGCAUCAUCCCCGGCCGCGGCGGCGCCCACACCGGUCCCCCGUCCUCCUCCUGCCGGCUCCAUGUCGAGUGAUGGUCGGCCUGCCCGGCUGCUGGAUGCUGCUGCCCGCGCUCUCCGGAUCCACCCCGUCUCCUCGGACCGCACACCCCCACUUUCGGCGGAAACCCUCCCAGAGCUAUAGGGCUACAUAUGGAAACUGGGGAUCAAAAUUUUAGGAAAAAGGAAAAGCUAUAAGCCGUUCAUUUCUGUUUUUAUUUCCCUUCUUUUAGCGGUCUCUCUCCGUCUCUCCGCUGAGUUAUUUAUCUCGCCGGGUUGAUUUUGUUUGCGUUGAGAAGCCAAGCCUCAAGAUUUUUUCAUCUUAUAUUAGGAUCUUCUAAAAAACACCCAGGGAGUAGCUUUUAAUCCCUCAGCAGGACUUGAACGGUCCAUUUGUUUACUCUCUUUCUGUUAACAUGAUAGAUUUGCCUUGUGUGCUUCAUUUUCUGCCCUUGUUUAUAUCUAUCUAUUUGCUUACACCUUAUGAAAUCUUCUAGAAUACCAAUAAUAAUAACACUACUAGCCUAAUAAUACUAGUCUUUAGAGGAUAUAGCUCUACAUAUUCUAAGUAAGGAGACACUGAACUGUUGGACUGUAACCUGCCAUUAUCUCUUCACGUGAAUCAGCUCCGACCUCCAACGAACAGGUUGUUUUUGGAGAAGCGUCCUCCAGCUCCAUCCUCUACCGGCUCCCGGUUUUUUGCUCACAUUUUUCCACAUUUUUCUGGCUGCAAGUGUCUGCGGUGUGAGCGACAUCUGCAGCCGCAGGCCUGCGGAGCCGCUGCACAUCCUCCGCAUCCUCAUCUUCCCUCCCCGUCUUCUUUCUUUUUGGCAUUCUGUCCGAGAGUCGGAGCAGUGAAGUGGGGGCCGCACUUCUGCCGGCUCCCCCUCGCCUCCAAAAACACCUCCUUCACUUCUUUUUUCUCUUGUCGUGGUCCUCACCCAAACGCAACCAUAAGGUUCCUGGCGCAUCCUCCUCCUCCUCCUUCUUCCCUCUCCUUCCGUUCGAGUAUAGCCCGGUUUUUCGGUUUGGUUUGGUCCCGCAAAUUUUCAAAUAUUUACUUCCUGUACAUCAAGAGGAAAGGGGGUCCCCCUUUCAUGGAAUGCGGAAACAUGGGUCUGUUCGACCGCGGAGUCCAGAUGCUGCUGACCACGGUGGGCGCCUUCGCGGCCUUCAGCCUCAUGACCAUCGCGGUCGGCACGGACUACUGGCUGUACUCCCGCGGAGUGUGCCGCUCCAAGUCCAUGAGCGAGAACGAGACCAGCAAGAAGAACGAGGAGGUGAUGACCCACUCGGGCCUGUGGAGGACGUGCUGCCUGGAAGGAAACUUCAAAGGGAUGUGCAAGCAGAUAGACCACUUUCCCGAGGAGACAGAUUACCAAGCGGACCCGUCUGAGUACUUCCUACGUGCGGUGCGAGCCUCCAGCAUCUUCCCCAUCCUCAGCGUCAUCCUGCUCUUCAUGGGAGGCCUGUGUAUAGCUGCCAGCGAGUUCUACAAGUCACGCCACAACAUCAUCCUCAGCGCGGGGAUCUUCUUUGUGUCUGCAGGUCUGAGCAACAUUAUCGGGAUCAUCGUGUACAUAUCAGCCAACGCAGGAGACCCUUCAAAAAGCGACUCGAAGAAGAACAGCUACUCGUACGGCUGGUCCUUCUACUUCGGUGCCCUCUCCUUCAUCAUGGCUGAGAUGGUAGGCGUCUUGGCGGUGCACAUGUUCAUCGACCGCCAUCGACAACUGAGGAUAGGGGCCCGAGCAGCCGACUACCUCCAAGGCUCAGCCAUAACGCGGAUCCCCAGCUACCGCUACCGCUACCGGCGCGGCUCUCGCUCCUCUUCCCGCUCCACGGACCCGUCACAUUCCCGCGACGCCUCGCCGGUGGGCCUCAAGGGCUUCAGCGCGCUGCCGUCCACAGAGAUCUCCAUGUACACGCUUCCUCGGGACACGCUCAAGUCCUCCGGGACGCCCACCGCCACCUACAACUCUGAGAGGGACCACAACUUCCUUCAAGUCCACAACUGCAUCCAGAAGGACCUGAAAGACUCGAGCCAUACCAACACAGCCAACCGCCGCACCACGCCUGUAUGAGGGAGCCGGCGCAGGCCCGGCGAGCCCGGCGGCGAUCAGGAGACACGGGAACCCCUGUGGGUGCAGUACGCCCCCCGGGAAAAGUUGGAUUUCCAUGUUUAUAGACAUUGUUUUUUCUUUGUUUUGUUUUGGGGUUUGUUUCUUUUGUUUUUUCAGCUGCAUGACUUUUCCAUUACCAUUGUUGAGAGUUUCAACAAUUCUGCCGUGUUCCUGGAUCGAAGGGCAGAAACGUCUGGGACAGACGGUCCGGAGUGAUAUGUCUUUUUAUUUUAUUUUAUUAUUUUUCUGCGCAGGGUUUGUUCAUGAGGUUCAGGGCGCCGGACAGCGGGGGGGCGGGGGAACGGGGGG